GACUCAACAUCUCGGCAUAGUACAACAAUCAGCAUAUUAUAAUUUAGGUGUGUGUGUGUGUGUAAUUUGAACGAGUUCUCUGUUCUGGUCCGUCGCCGUAGCGCGCAUUUGAGCCAAACACUUCGGCCGAGCGCGACCACAAAAUAUCCGACCGUGUUCUUAAUAUUCUGUAUUUCAGUAACCGGGCAUACCUAUAAAUCUACAACAUGAGGGAAAUACUUCAUCUGCAAGCCGGACAGUGUGGAAAUCAAAUCGGAGCCAAAUUUUGGGAGAUCAUUUCUGACGAGCACGGUAUCGAUCCAACGGGAACCUAUCACGGCGACAACGAUUUACAAAUCGAAAGGAUCAACGUGUACUACAAUGAAGCAAGCACCCAAGGGAAAUACGUACCAAGAGCGAUUUUGGUCGACCUCGAACCCGGUACCAUGGAUUCUGUGCGCUCUGGUCCUUUUGGACAGCUCUUUCGUCCAGACAACUACGUUUUCGGCCAAAGCGGAGCUGGUAACAACUGGGCUAAAGGCCAUUAUACAGAAGGCGCCGAACUGGUGGACUCGGUUAUGGACGUCGUAAGGCGCGAGGCCGAAAACUGCGACUGUCUUCAAGGCUUUCAGUUGGCUCAUUCCUUGGGCGGAGGUACCGGCUCGGGCAUGGGUACUCUGUUGAUAUCAAAAAUAAGGGAAGAGUAUCCCGACAGGAUAAUGAACACUUUCAGUGUCGUUCCGUCGCCCAAAGUCUCGGAUACAGUGGUCGAGCCCUACAACGCCACUCUGUCUGUUCAUCAGCUAGUCGAAAACACGGACGAAACUUUUUGCAUCGACAACGAGGCGUUGUACGACAUUUGUUUCAGGACUUUGAAACUUACUUCUCCGACGUACGGCGAUCUCAACCAUUUGGUUUCGAUAACCAUGUCUGGCGUGACCACGUGUCUUCGAUUUCCCGGUCAGCUAAACGCCGAUUUGAGAAAGUUGGCGGUUAACAUGGUUCCCUUCCCUCGGUUGCAUUUCUUCAUGCCGGGAUUUGCACCGUUAACGGCUAGGGGUAGCCAAUCGUACCGAGCUUUGUCGGUACCAGAACUCACUCAGCAAAUGUUUGACGCCAAAAACAUGAUGACCGCAUGCGAUCCCAGGCACGGUCGUUAUCUAACUGUAGCCGCCAUUUUCAGAGGUAUCAUGUCCAUGAAAGAAGUCGAUGAACAAAUGCUGAACAUUCAAAACAAGAAUUCAGGAUACUUCGUGGAAUGGAUACCCAGCAACGUGAAAGUCGCUGUGUGUGAUAUACCCCCGAGAGGUCUGAAAAUGUCGGCCACUUUUAUCGGCAACACGACUGCCAUCCAAGAGAUCUUCAAACGGAUAUCCGAACAAUUCACUGCCAUGUUCAGACGCAAAGCUUUCCUCCAUUGGUACACGGGCGAAGGUAUGGACGAGAUGGAGUUCACUGAAGCCGAAUCCAACAUGAACGACUUGGUUUCCGAAUAUCAACAAUACCAGGAAGCUACAGCUGAAGAAGUGGACUUCGAUGACGAAGAAAUGGCCCCCGAAGACAUUGAAGAAAGUAAAGAUUACUGAGACCGUAUAAAUACUUUUUAGCUUUGUCAAUCACUCGAAAGAAUUAUUCGUGAAUUUUGUGUUGUAUAUUUAUUAUAAUGCUGUUAUGUUCGUGUUUUUGUUGUGUUUAAACAUCAUUCUUGUUUGUUAUUAAUUAUGGCUAUUCUAUAGUAUUAUUAAAACACAUGAUUUAAACACUAUACUUAGUUCUGA